AUGUCCAAGUAUCUUAUUUCGCCUGUAAAGGAAGAUAUAGUUGCUCAACAACCGGAGCGGCAUCUCACGGCAUUAUUUCAUAAGGACAAAAUUUCGAAGAACCACACCGGACGAUCAUCCCCUCCUGAUGUGAGUGAGGAGGCCGCCCAGAGCAUCGCACUCCGCAUGAUCACCAAUGCGUGCACAGUAGACGGUGUCCGCAUCGGUAUCCACUUUUCGAAGGAGGACGACAGUAACUUUCUUCGACUUGUCGUUUCCCAUAUAUCCGCCUGCCUACCUUUAUCCCCAUAUCUCUUUUUCAUAGCCAUCAUUGACGCACUCGUCAUCUGCGGGUCAGAUGCGGAUGAUAUGCAGCGGGCUGUGCUUCUCGCGUCUUCCAAAUUUCCAGGAAGGGUAGAUGCAGUCGACAACACGGGCACUGUCAUUGCUCAAGCUGCAUCCAUACGGCAUAUUGGCCCCUCGUCAUACCACGAGGCCGCCUUGUGGGACAUAUUGUUCAACUCCGUGCGCACUCACAACCCUCAUUCUCCUCCCCGUGGAUCUCGCAGCAUCGACCAAAUUCUCUCCAACGCCCGGGCCAAGCUCGAGCGAAUGACGCCCCAACAAGCUUACGACGCACUUCACGAUCCCACAUACCCGGUGCCCGUUUUUCUCGUGGACAUUCGCCCUGCUGCACAACGCGAUCGUGAAGGCGAGAUCCGCGGAUCUCUCAUCGUCGAGCGAAACGUUCUGGAGUGGCGUUUUGACCCACGCUGCGAAGCGCGAUUGACAAUUGCAGAUCGCUAUGAUUCGAAGAUUAUAUUAUUUUGUCAUGAAGGGUACACCAGCUCAUUGGCUGCGGCGUCCCUGCAUGAGCUUGGGCUGUGGAAUGCGACCGAUAUAGUGGGCGGUCAUGAUGCGUGGAUCGCAGCUGGUCUGCCAUGUCAAUAG